CUGUCUCAGCUAAGGCAGCCAUCUUGCUCUUGCCGCGUGCUGGUGUUGGAGGACCCUCCCCGCUGCAGUCCGUGCAAAAAGUGUGAAAAGGAUUCUUGGAGACUCAGCUCAGUGAUCAUGUGGCCCUAGGAAGUCACUUCUCCCUUUGGGACACAGAAAGGAACUUUCCAGGCCUUCGUUUUCUGUUAAACUAAAAAGAAGGCUAAGUGUUUUGCUAAUUUAUGCCCUGCUGCGCUAACAGAUCUUUGAGAUGCCAUCACACAUCAAGCAAGAAUGACAGAUUUACCAAGAGCAUGAAUCAAGAAAAGUUAGCCAAACUUCAAGCUCAGGUCCGGAUAGGGGGCAAGGGUACAGCUCGCAGAAAGAAGAAGGUGGUGCAUAGGACAGCUACUGCUGAUGACAAGAAGCUUCAGAGUUCUCUAAAGAAACUGGCUGUGAACAAUAUAGCUGGUAUUGAAGAGGUGAACAUGAUUAAAGAUGAUGGAACAGUUAUUCAUUUCAACAACCCCAAAGUCCAAGCUUCCCUCUCCGCUAACACCUUUGCAAUUACUGGUCAUGCAGAAGCCAAACCAAUCACAGAAAUGCUUCCUGGAAUACUAAGUCAGCUUGGUGCUGACAGCUUAACAAGCCUUAGAAAGCUGGCUGAGCAGUUCCCACGGCAAGUAUUGGAUAGUAAAGCACCAAAACCAGAAGACAUUGAUGAAGAAGAUGAUGAUGUUCCAGAUCUUGUAGAAAAUUUUGAUGAAGCAUCGAAAAAUGAAGCUAACUAAAAUCCUCUGGGUUUUGGAAACUGGCAUGGACUAGAUUUAACAAUCAGCUCUGUUGUUCCAAAGUUUUACAGACAUGGAGAACAUCACCUGUUACUAGUUCAGUAAUAUAAAUAUUUUGUAUAUUAAUAAUGCUGUUUGAUCAGCAUUUCUUGGUCAUUUGAUUUUGCAUUUUGCACUUCCCAGGAUCUAUUCUUUUGGUCAAAAUAUGAAGUAUUGAUACAGUU